GGGUCGGACAAAAGAGACUCGAGGCGCAUCUCACAUCGUUCUGUGUGACAGGCCAGGUGAGCUGAUCUCGAUCCCUUCAAUCCCUUCCUUGCUGGGAUCUUGGGAACUUUGGAGACUUUUCCUUUUUGAUCGCUAGUUUCGACUCUGCCAGUUGACACAUUUCAAGCACAGAGCACAAAACGCCCUGAAAGCGGUGACCUACCCUGCCUUUAGAAGGAGCUAUAAUACCGGGCACGCGACACCAAGACCUCACCCCCCAGACCGCACCCGUCGAUCUCGAUCGCUUGUACAUAUAUUACAAUCAUGGAUCUCUCGAGCAACGCAUCGCCCCGGAGCCUCCCCACGCCGCAAAGCCCGGCGCCCCUCGCUCUGUCUGAGUUUAUGGCUCAAGCAACACCAUGCUCCGAUACCACCAACCCUCCUUCCGACAAACCAGAGUUAUCCCAGGACAUUUCAAGCCCAGUAAGGGCAGUCGCAGAGCCGAAGCCAGCAUCAGUACGAGAAGAACCACGAACAGUGACCCCGCAACGACCACCAGCACCCGAAGAAGCACAAAUUCAGGAGACACGGCCGCCGCCCACCAGGGACGACACCACACCACCACCCACCGACUGGCUCGCGACUCGCCAGCAACUCCUCCCGCGCAGGAACCAAGGCAAGAAGGCUGACUGGAUCCGCGGCUGGAGCCAAGCCGUCAGCAGCUACGGCGAAGAGACGUACUGCGCCUGCUCCGAGACCAUCGAGCACCACGGCGCCAACCGCGGCCGGAAAGCCAAGACCAGCGCGCAGCUCGCAGACAACGUGCGCGCCAUCCUCCAACGAACCGCCUCCCCCUCCUCGACCAAAUCCAAACCCACCACCCCCGAACCCGAAGUCUGCCGCCUCUGCAGCCGCCCCCCCAGCACGACGGCCGGCAACGGCAGCUCCGGCUGGGGCGGCAGCACGGGGCUGCUGCACUCACCCGGGACCGGUCGCGGCCUCCUUCCGGGGAAGCGCUUCUUCAGCGAGCUGCUGCUGCGCGUGCGCCGGCCGUCGUCGUCGUCGUCGCCGCGUAGCAAGAGCGCCGCCGCCGCCGCCACCGCCGCCGCCUCCCACAAGCGCGACGCCGAGAUCCGCAACCUGGCCGCCUGGCCCGAGGACUGCCAGCCCCGCUGGGCCACCACCUCCGGGCCGCGCCAGAAGCGUUUUCUGGUCCGCCCGCCCAGCCAGCCUGUUUCCGCGCCUGUUCAGGGGACGGGGGCGGGGACGGGGACGGGGCCUGCUGCUGCUGCUGCUGCGGCGCAAAGGUUGAAAUCAUCACCCGCGCCGGGCGGCGAGACGGCGGCGGCGGCGGGGUAUUUCGUGUGGAAGUCGCGGGCGCGCGGGAGGUUGCUGCCGACGCUGGCGGGCACGAACGGCGGCGGCGGCGCGGCGGGGUCGGGGGCCGGGUUGGGUGCCGCGUCCUCGUCGUCGUCGGAUCUGGGCGGGACGAGCGACUCGGAUGUGGACGCGCACAGGCCGGGCCUGUCGAGGAGCUUCUCGCGCCUGCAGAGGGCGGCGGCGCUGCUGCAGCGGGCGACGGCGAGGUCGAAGGACUAGGGGGCUGGGCUGGUUGCGUCGCUUGGGCGGGCUGUUCGGGGCGGGCGUGGGUGUGGUGGUGGUAGUGGGAAAUUGUCCAUGAAAAGGACGCGGGGGGCUGGGAUGAAAGAGCUGUAUUGAGUGUACCCGCCCACUCGACACCCU